CUGUUACAUCGGUUUUUUUUUCUGCUGAAAUUGCUCGCAUCCGUCUGUUUGCCAUUCUUGCUUAUUAGGGAUGCUGCUGGUCGUGUUCCUGUCUGCUUUGACGCCUCUGGCUUGUGAUGCUGCUGAGUCCUUUUCGGUUCUGGUUCCCCGCAACCCGAUCUCGGCCCGGGCGGGAAGCACGGUCACCCUGCCCUGCUGGCUGUCCCCUCCCAUCAGCGCCGAGCCCAUGGAGGUCCGCUGGCACCGGUCGCCAUCCUUCAAAACAACGGCCCUUCACUACAUGGGGGGCCAGCUGCAGGACAGCUCCCAGGACCCCCGCUUCAGAGGGCGGGCGUCUUUUGGGUCGAGGGGCCCCGAGGCCGGAGGGCUGAAGGGGGGAGACGUGUCUCUCAGGCUGGAGAACGUCACGCUGGAGGACGAGGGAGAGUUUCAGUGCAACGUGAGCAACGUCCUGCACUACAAGACGAAGCGCGUCGUUCUCAAUGUGACGGUGACUGGCACACUUCCCUUGUUAUCCGUGCGCCAGGCUACCGACGGUCUCGUGAACGUCAGCUGUGCGUCGUCUGGCUGGCACCCCCGGCCCAAUCUUACCUGGUCUGACAGUGAGGGGAGGUCUGGCCUGUCUCCCGGUGCCAUGCUGUACGGUCCUGCAGAGCAGGGCGUGGUCUCAGUCUUCAGCUGGAUCCUCACCCCAGCCUCUGAUGCAGCCUGGCUGACCUGCUCAGUGUUCCUCCCUGGGGAGGAAGGGAGAGAGGGAAGGGUGGCUUUACUCACAUCAAGAGCUGACACACACACACACACACGUACACACACAGAUGAUCAGUCAGGUCAGUGGAAGGCGGCCUUCAUUGCAUUGCUCGUCCUUGGAUUGCUCGCCAUGGCCAUCGCCGCUUUUCUCUUCGUAAGAAAGAGAAGAACAGGUAGCAAUGAGUCAGUAGAGAUCCCAGAGAGCAUUCCACUUCUACAAACAGGUCUUGAUGAAGCAGCUAAAGAAAAAGUGGAUAUCACACUGGAUGAAGACACGGCUCAUCAACAUCUGAUGCUAAGUAAGGACUGUAAAGUAGUAAGAGAUUCAGUCAUGGUACAAGAAAGAGACCCCAGUAAAAACAGGUUCACUCGCCACUUGUUUGUCCUGGGGAAAGAGGGCUUUACCUCAGGACGGGCUUACUGGCAGGUAGGGCUGUGGAACGAGGCGACGGGGCUGAAAAUGUCCUGGUCUGUGGGUGUGGUCACAGAGUCAGCUAAGAGGGAUUGUGAAGAUCUCACCCCUAGUGAAGGCUACUUGGUCUUCUCCUCAGAUAGAGAUAAUGGACUCAGUGUGAACACUGUACCUGUAACCAGACUCUCUGAGAAACUGAGAGCUAAAACUUUGGGAGUGUUUUUAGAUUAUGACAAUAAUAUGAUCUCCUUUUACAAUGUUGAAGAAAAAAGCCAUAUUUUGACUUUCUUUGUUACAUUCCAUGAGAAAGUUUACCCACUCUUUGGUCCAGGAAAGGGUGAUGCAACACCACUAGUUAUUCAGCCUAUUUCUGAUGUGAAGCAAGAAUCAAACGUGAAUACUGUGGAAAAUCCAAAUGACAAGAUUCAAUCCUUACCCCUCCCUCCUGACAACUCAGGUCUUGAAACCACAGUCAAAUACAGUUUACGACCCAAUUAAAAGUAAAUUUUGAAUAAAAGAACUGGGCAGCUGGAUCAUACCAUGACUUGCAUACUAUUGGAAUUUGGCCUGUCACGAGAGAAAUUACUGUAAUAUUAUUUUCAUUAAAAGUCCUCCAAAAAAAGAAGAUUUUAGACGGACCCAAUGCAGUCACAGAAUAAAAGGUGUAUUUCCAUUUUUCAACCUUUUCUGUAGUAACAUGAUAAUAACAAGACUUACGAACAAAUCAAAAUAGAAAAAGUGUUCUGAAUAUCAUUAGUGAAAAUUUGUGAAUUUUCCAAAUUUGCAUUUGGACACUACUCGGGGACAACCACAAGCAAGGUUCUGUUAACUAACGACAAGGUUCUGUGUAAAUACCAAAAGAAUUGAGACACGAUGAGAAACCUUUUAUUUUUGUCUAGAUCUUUGUUCACAUUACGCUGUACUCCCAUGCAUCUUAAGUGGCAUUUACAUCUAAAACAAGAAGUUAUCAAAAAAUGUUAAAAAAUAAUCAUUUUUACGAAUUCUAUGUACAGUAAUUUCAAAUUGAUUAUUGAAUAAUGACUGAAUAUUUGUUAAAUGUGUUGCACUACAUUCGAAUGAGGUCCAUUUGCGACAACUUUAUUCAAAGGUGUAACUGUUUUAUUGAACUUGUUCUGACUUGAGUAAUGUGCUGUAAUUUUGUUGUGUUUUGUGUCUUGUGCCAAGUGUGUUGCCUCGUUAUGCAGGUACAGCAUAUUACAAAUUAUGCUGUACCUUUUUAAACUCUUUUUAUAAAUGUAAAAUAAAUACACUGCAUGGGAAAAAA